AUGGAGCUCCUUACAGGAUACCACGAAACACCGUUAUUACCCUCGGUAUAUCUGUCACGAAACUGCAAAGUCUUCUUAAAACUGGAGAAUACACAGCCUAGUGGUUCAUUCAAAUCGAGAGGUAUCUCUAAUCUGGUACAGAGUAAAAUUAAGAAUACCACAAAACCAAAUGUACAAUUGUUCAGCUCAUCAGGUGGUAACGCCGGAAUGGCAACAGCCUAUGCAGCGCAGUUACACAAAGUGCCCUGUACCGUAGUUGUCCCCAAACUGACUAAACAGCCCACUAUCGACCGCCUUCAAAAGAUUGGCGCUAAGACGAUUGUGCACGGUGACCAUUGGGCCGCUGCAAAUUCGUACUUGGUAGACGAACUAAUUCCUUCCUUGCCAGAUGAUAUCGAACCAGUCUACUGCCAUCCAUUUGACGACGAAGAGAUCUGGAAUGGGCAUGCCACAAUGAUUGAUGAGAUCAAGCAACAGCUACAACCCCUUGGCAAAGAUAUCCGACCUGAUGCAAUAAUAUUGUCUGUUGGAGGUGGCGGACUUUAUGCUGGGGUUGUCAGAGGUCUCGAAAGAAAUGGGUGGGAGGAGGUUCCCAUCAUAACUGUCGAGACGGAAGGCGCAGCUACACUAUACAAGUCAGUUGGCGCUGGCAAGCAGGUAAUAUUAGACUCCAUCGACACAGUUGCCACUACCCUGGGAUCAACGUUUAUCCCCAAACAGGUUGUUAAAAUGGCUGUCCAAGAACACAAGACCAUUUCAAUUACCGUCACUGAUAAAGAGGCUUGCUCUGCAUGUGAGAAGUUUGCCCAAGAUCACAAGUUUAUUGUCGAGCCAGCCUGUGGAGCUUCUUUAGUGCCGAUAUACGAGAACAAACUGGCAAGCCUGAUCGACCUAAGGCCUGAUUCAGUAAUAGUAGUCAUUGUUUGCGGAGGAACUGCUACCUCUGUAGACGAUAUUGUUUCAUACAGAGAGGAGUCGCAGGGUUAG